AUGCUUCGUUUCAACUCAAUAAGGAAUUGCUUGAAAUUUCCAAAGCCAGUGGCUGCUACCAGCAAUCUCAGUAGAUUCAGUACAUCGAGCAGAGCCUCGAGCUCUGCCACUGUUGAGGAUAUGCACGAUUUAAGUGCAGAGGAUAUUCUCAAAGAGAGCGGCGACAGAAAAGACGCAGAUUUACGUCAUUUUACGGUUAACUUUGGUCCCCAGCACCCAGCUGCCCACGGUGUCCUCCGUCUCAUCCUCGAGCUUAACGGUGAAGAAAUCCUCAGAGCCGAUCCACACAUUGGUCUUCUCCACCGCGGUACUGAGAAGCUGAUGGAGUACAAGAACUACGUCCAGGCGCUCCCCUACAUGGACCGUCUCGACUACUCCUCCGCCAUGACCAACGAACUCUCGUACACCAAAGCCGUCGAGAAGCUGCUCAACAUUGAUGUCCCAGAGCGCGCAAAGUGGAUUCGCACUCUCUUCUCCGAAAUCACCCGCAUUCUUAACCACAUCAUGGCUGUCCUCUCACACGCCAUGGAUGUCGGUGCACUCACUCCCUUCCUUUACGGUUUCGAAGAGAGAGAGAAGCUGAUGGAGUUCUACGAGAGAGUCUCCGGCGCGCGUCUCCAUGCCGCAUACAUCCGCCCGGGUGGUGUAGCGUUCGACCUUCCCCACGGCCUCCUCGAGGACAUUCACAAGUGGGCGACCCAGUUCAGCUCGCGCAUUGACGAGAUUGAAGAGAUUGUCACCGGCAACCGUAUCUGGAAAGAGCGUACCAUCGGUGUCGGUAGAGUGACAGCGGACGAGGCCCUCGACUACUGUUUCUCAGGCCCGAUGCUGCGUGGCUCCGGUAUCCCAUGGGAUCUGCGCAAGACGCAGCCAUACGAGAAGUACGACGAGGUCGACUUUGACAUACCGGUCGGGGAGAACGGCGACUGCUACGACCGCUACAUCUGCCGUAUCCAGGAGAUGAGAGAGGCCAUCAGAAUCAUCGGGCAGUGUUGCAACAAGAUGCCGCCUGGACCGUACAAGAUCGACGACCACAAGAUUGUCCCUCCACCACGCGCGUCGAUGAAGGAGUCGAUGGAGAGCUUGAUACACCACUUCAAGCUUUUCUCGGAGGGUUAUGCAGUGCCUGCGGGUGAGACUUACUCUGCUAUCGAGGCGCCAAAGGGCGAAAUGGCGGUGCAUCUCAUCAGCGACGGCACCAACAGACCUUACAAGUGCAAGAUCCGCGCGCCUGGCUUUGCACAUUUGGCUGGUGCUGACUUUAUGUCGCGCCACCAUUUCCUCCCUGACAUGGUGUAA